AUGAUGCUUCGAAAGGAAGACAUCAAUAAGGCUGUUAAAGCUGCCAGAAAAGCCUUCGAGUUUGGGUCAGAAUGGAGGCGCAUGGACGCUUCACAACGAGGUCGUCUUCUCAACCGUUUGGCCGACCUUAUUGAACGGGACCGCAUAUACUUGGCUUCUCUUGAAUCGUUGGAUAACGGAAAGCCAUUCUUGGAUGCGUAUCAUGCCGAUUUGAACCUGGUUAUCAAAUCGACUGAUUGUUUUAUUCUGAAGCGAGACAAUCAAUCCAUCUCACCAUACUUGUUUUAUUCUAGCUAUUACGCUGGAUGGGCGGACAAGAAUCACGGUAAAACCAUACCCGUGGAAGGUGAUUUUGUCUGUUUUACGCGACACGAACCGAUCGGCGUUUGUGGUCAAAUCAUCCCGUGGAAUUUUCCCCUGUUAAUGCAAGCCUGGAAAUUGGCUCCAGCAUUGGCUAUGGGAAAUACGGUUGUGAUGAAAACAGCCGAACAAACCCCACUUUCCGCGAAUUGGGUCGCACACCUGACCAAGGAAGCCGGAUUUCCUGACGGAGUGGUAAACAUCGUUUCUGGGUAG